CCUUCUUCCCCCUCCACCCCAAACCCAACGGCCUCUCUCGUCUCUCUCCCAACCACCAUGUCGUUGAGUACUGAAAUCGAAAGCCUCUGGGUCUUCGCUUUGGCUUCUAAAUGCUCUCCUCUCACCCAACCCAACAUCCUUUACUUCUUCCUCUUCCUAUGCCUAAUUUGGUUUCUUGUUUCCAUUUUCCAUUGGGCCCAUCCUGGCGGCCCUGCUUGGGGCCGCCACCCACGGUGCCGCCGCAAUUCCCCUCUCUCCACCACCACCACCACCAUCCCUGGCCCAAGAGGCCUCCCCGUCAUCGGUAGCAUGACCCUCAUGACUGGACUGGCCCACCACCGAAUAGCCGCCAUGGCCAAAUCCCUAGGCGCCACACGACUCAUGGCCUUCUCACUCGCCAACACUCGCGUGAUUGUCACGUGUAACCCGGAUGUGGCUAAAGAAAUCCUCAACAGCUCGGUCUUUGCGGACCGUCCGAUUAAGGAAUCUGCCUACUCCUUGAUGUUCAAUCGCGCCAUUGGAUUUGCCCCUUAUGACGUCUAUUGGCGGACACUCCGACGUAUUGCUUCACAACAUCUCUUCUGUCCUAAACAAAUUAAAUCCUCCGAAUUCCAACGCCGCCAAAUCGCUUCCCAAAUGGUCGCAAUCUUCGCUAACAACAACAACACCUCGUCUCGUCACCAAGUUCGUGACACGCUCAAGCGAGCCUCUUUGAACCACAUGAUGGGCUCAGUCUUCGGCCAGGCUUACAAUCUCUCGGACUCAAAUAAUGAAAUCGAGCAACUCAAGAGCCUCGUCGACGAAGGUUACGAUUUAUUGGGCCUUCUCAACUGGUCCGACCAUCUCCCCUUUUUGGGUGAUCUCGACCCACAGCGAAUCCGGUUCAGAUGCUCCCGGUUGGUCCCCAAAGUGAACCGGUUUCUAAACCGGAUCAUCGCCGAUCACCGGUCCAAAUCAACCCAACAAAUCAUGGAUUUUGUCGACGUUCUUCUCUCUCUUCAACAAACCGAAAAUCUCUCCGAUUCCGAUAUCAUCGCCGUUCUUUGGGAAAUGAUAUUUAGAGGGACGGACACGGUGGCUGUGUUGAUAGAGUGGACCCUAGCGAGGAUGGUGGUUCACAAGGAGGAGCAGGAGAAAGUACAAGAGGAAUUAGAUAAAGUGGUUGGUAGAUCACGCGCCGUCGUGGAAUCCGACAUUCCGUCGUUGGAAUAUCUAACGGCGGUGGUUAAGGAAGUUCUGAGGCUACACCCACCUGGGCCUCUUCUAUCAUGGGCCCGAUUAGCCAGAAGUGAUACAAUGGUGGAUGGGCAUCACGUGCCGCGUGGGACCACUGCAAUGGUUAACAUGUGGUCCAUAGCACGAGACCCAGAGGUUUGGUGGAGCCCACAGGAGUUUAUGCCUGAGAGGUUUGUGGGGAAUAAGUGUUGUGGGGUGGAGUUUCCGAUUAUGGGUUCGGAUCUAAGGUUGGCUCCAUUUGGGUCGGGUCGAAGGAGUUGCCCCGGAAAGGCACUCGCGUGGACUACUGUAACAUUCUGGGUAGCUACUCUGUUACAUGAGUUUAAAUGGUGGCAAAACGACGGCGUUGACUUGUGUGAGAAACUCAAGCUGUCUUGUGAGAUGGCGAAUCCACUGACGGUUGAAGUAUCCCGACGGCGGUAAAUAAAGUAAAUGAAUUAAUAUUAUAAUAAGAUGAACCGUGACAUGAACAUCUUAAUUUCCCCCCUCCCUUUUCAUGUAAAUAUUAAUGGAAUUGGAGUUAAUACAUUUUUGUGAUGUUUUAUCC